AUGGCAUCCUGGAAACACGACACGCCUCUUCCAACCAAUGUAAAAGCAGAUUCAAAAUUCCAGUUAUGGCACCAGUUCAACCCCAACUCCCAGCACUGGGAUCCAGUAAACAAUGAAAAUGCCGAGCCAACACACACCGAUACAUCAUCCGAUCUAGUGCUCUUGACAUGGAAUAUCGACGCCUUCGGCGAGCUGACCCAAGAACGCAUCGCAGAAAUACUCACCUUCAUCACCGAACUCAACUCCAAGGUAGACGUGAUAUUCCUCCAAGAAGUCUCACCCCAGGCCUUAGGAUUAAUCCUGGCCGAUGAGCGUACCCGCACCUCAUGGUUCUCAAGCGAAGAAGAAAACAGUCCAUGCAGAAAUUCAUUUACGACCAUGACCCUGGUAUCCAAGACACGCUUUGCAUCGCGACUCGGCUCUGACAAGAGCGGGUUUGCUCUAGGGCCUGUGUGGAGGGUAGAGUUCCCUAGUCAUUUCGGAAGAGAUGUACUCUUUUGCGACCUCUUCAUUCCUUCAUCUACAGACGCUUCUACGCGAGUACGACUUGCAAACGUUCAUCUGGAUUCCCUGCCUAUCAAGCCUUCUCACAGACCCCAGCAACUCUCUAUUGUUUCCUCGUUUUUGCGUAGUGCGGGAUGUGGUCUGGUUGCUGGUGACUUUAAUCCGGUUCUGGAUGAAGAUGCCGUGCUCAUAGAGUCCAAUGGACUCACAGAUGUCUGGUUGGCGCUUCGUCCUGAUGAACCGGGGUAUACGUGGGGUGCGGAUGGGAAGCAGCGGUUUCCGCCAAAUCGGAUGGAUAGGAUUGCGCUGCUUGGUCUUAAGGCGCGUAAAAUUGAAAUAUUAGAGGCGCGGCGAUUGAAGGAUGUGGAAAAGCAGAAUACUCAGGAUGACACGGAACUUGAGCCCUGGGAGAGGCCGACAGUUACUCUCUGGAGUGACCAUCAUGGGUUGCUUUGCUCUUUUCAACUUGCAGAGUGA